ACUACCUCUUUUCACCCGAGAUCUCACUUCCUCUGGAAACCGUCAUAAAAAAAACAGCUUUAGCUCUCGUCUUUGUCGGUUUGAAUUCUUUCACCUCACUCUCUGGAAUCAUCGCUGCAGAACAGUGAAGUAUGGGACAGCAGAUGAUCCUUCACGUCACCCUCCUCUUCCUCCUCCUCUCCCUGUGCGAGGGUCAAAGUUCAAACCCCGAGAGGCCAUCCUGCCAGAGCUGUGACCGCCACCUCUCCUGUGACUGCACCCGGGGCGGAUUCACCCACGUUCCCAUAGUAACAGACCGUGCGCUUACUCUGGAUCUGUCCUUUAACAACAUCACCACGGUGACCGAUGACGACCUGACGGGCCACGUGCGACUGAGGGCCCUGAGUCUCCAUGGAAACAGAGUAGCUGUGAUUCACCCGGCAGCGUUCGACUCUCUCUGGAGUUUGGAGGAGCUCGACCUGUCCAACAAUCAGCUGACGUCACUCAACCCCGAGUGGUUCGAGGAGCUGGGAGCGCUGCUGCGGCUCAACCUGCUCCACAACCCGUACAGGUGCGUGGGUUCGACUCCGGAGUUCCGCGGGCUGGUGCGGCUGAGGAGGCUGGCGUUCGGAGGGCCGGCUCUGGAGGAGAUAAAGAUGGCAGCUCUGUCAGGAGUCACCGAGCUGGAGGCGCUCACUGUCCACGCCAACAACCUGAGCAGGUACGAGUCCGGGGCUCUUGCGGACGUUUGGCCGCUGGGUCGCGUCACUUUGAGCCUCCAUGGACCCUUUUUGACAAACGUGGCAUUGGCCUCGGCCGUGCUCGGUGACGUGUCGUACCCUGAGACGCCCAUCGUCCUGGAAGACCUCCAUCUGAUUGGGAAUGGGUCCGUUCAGCCGCUCAGGGCGGCGGCCCGGAGGAGGGUCAGGUACUUGACCUUCCAGAACCUUUCCGUUUCCGAUGAGGCCAUCGUCGGCGUGUUAGAGAUUUUAGACGGAGUGCCAGUCACCCUCUUCUCUCUCGACGGGGUCACGCUCACCGGCGAGGGCAGGUGGGAGAAAGCGAGCUGGGCCGAUACUUCCAGCAUGGACGAGUUUUUCGCACGAAACGUUGUGGUUCUGGAUGUCUUCAAGUUCGUCUCGUUUCUGCAACUGAAAUUUCUGCUGCAGUACCCCAGGAAGGUGUCCGUCAUAAACUCCAGGAUAUUUGUGAUUCCCUGCGCCUCGACCUGCCUCAUGUCGAACCUACAGUACCUGGACCUGACCGACAACCUGCUGACCGACAUGACUCUGGUCGAGACGCUGUGCGACGGAAACGGGACGCUGAAGGAGCUCCGAGUUUUAAACAUCAGCGGAAACGCUCUUAAGUGUUUGUCUACGUUGAGUCGACUGGUGGUGACGCUCCACAAACUGACCCACCUGGACAUCAGCAGGACCCGCUACAGCUCCAUGCCCAGGACCUGCUCCUGGCCCUCCACCCUGCGAUACCUCAACAUCUCUGGGGCUAAACUCACCACCACCACUCCUUGUCUGCCCACAACUCUGGAGGUGUUGGACCUGAGUAACAACGAUCUCCAAGACUUCACUGUGGCCCUGCCUGUCCUGAGAGAGCUCCACCUUUCAGGGAACAAGUUCCUGACGCUGCCCCCUGGAGGCUGGUUCCCCAACCUCCAAACUCUGACUGUGCAGUCGAACACCUUGAACAUGUUCCACCGCUCGGACCUCCAGUCAUAUCCACGGCUCCAGAACCUCCAGGCAGGUCAGAACAAGUUCGUCUGCACCUGUGACUUCGUGGCCUUCCUCCAGUCGAGCAUUAAAGGGGAUGAAGAUGUGCGUUUAACAGACGGAGCGGAGAGCUACGUCUGCGACUCUCCUUUCUACCUGCAGGGGGAACCAGUGGGUCAGGUGUAUCUCUCCAUUGUCAUGUGCCAUCGGGUUUUGUUCGUGUCCCUGAGCUGCGGCGUAGCGUUAUUCGUAGGGAUUCUGGUCUGCGUCCUGCUGUGGCGCCUCCACGCCCUCUGGUACCUCAGGAUGAUGUGGGCGUGGCUGAGGGCCAAGCAUAGCUCUCGGCGCCGCCGGCGACUGAGAGAUGGAGCCGGAUCAGAGGCACUGCUUUCCUUUGAUGCCUUCGUUUCCUACAGUGAAAAAGAUGCUGGCUGGGUGGAAACCUUCCUGGUGCCGGAGCUGGAGGAGCCAAGGGAGGCCGAUGAAGACUCUGAGAAUCGCAGAGCCCCUCGGCCGCUGACCCUCUGCCUCCACAAGCGGGACUUCCUUCCUGGACACUGGAUUAUGGACAACAUCAUGAGCGCCAUUGAGCGCAGCCGGCGGACUGUCUUCAUUCUCUCCCAGAACUUCGUGCAGUCUGACUGGUGCCGCUACGAACUGGACUUCUCCCAUUUCUGGCUCUUCGAUGAGGACAUCAGGGGAGAGCCGGCCAUCUUGAUCCUGCUGGAGCCGCUGUCCAAGGACAAUGUCCCCAAACGCUUCUGCAAACUGCGCAAACUCAUGAGCUCCACCACGUACCUGGAGUGGCCUCAGGAGGAGGAGAGGAGGGGGGAGUUCUGGAGGACUCUCCGAAACGCGUUAAAGGGAGAGGAGGACGAGUGACGAAGACCAGAGUAACAUCACUCAGGGAAAUGUCAAGAGAUUUUUAAUACUUUUUUUUUUAAUACAUUUGCAAACAUUUUUUAAAAAUAUGUUUUUCAAUUUUCAUUAAGAAUUAUUUAGAGUCAAUUGAUGGACAAAAACUUUUAUCCAUUUAAAAUCAUGUACUGAAACAAAGUGGGUUUGAACAUUUGAAGCUACUGUAACUGACAUAAAACUCAAACUGUGAGAAAAGCAUUUGGAGCAAUAAAUUCAAAAAGUGAA